UGCGCAGCGCGGAUCCCGGAGGCGGGAGCCGUCCUCGACCUGCUGGAGAAGUGUCCCGAGCACCAGAAGAAGGGAGGUUUUCCCGUGGUGGUUUUUGAGGGGCUGGAUGCCACAGGGAAGAGCGCGUGCAAAACCACUGUAACUCAGCCUGUUAAGGAGACUCUGAAUGCCGUUCUGCUAAGGUCUCCACCAGCUUGCAUCAGCCAGUGGAGGACAAUAUUUGAUGACGAGCCAGCACCCAUUAAAAGAGCAUUUUAUGCUGCGGGCAACUACAUUCUUGCUUCAGAAAUAGCAAAAGCAUCCACUCAGGCACCUGUGAUCAUAGACAGAUACUGGCACAGCACAGCUGCCUACACAAUUGCCACUGAAAUAAAUGGGAAAGUGCAGGAUCUUCCACCUGCUCAUGAUGAGGUGUACCAGUGGCCUGAGGAUCUGCUUAAACCUGAUCUUCUUCUUCUCCUGACUGUUGACCCUGAGGAACGAGUCCGGAGACUUCAGCAUCGGGGGCUGGAGAAAACAAAGGAGGAAGCUGAGCUGGAAGCUAACAGCUUGUUUCGCCAAAGAGUUGAAGAGUCGUACAGAAGGAUGGUGAAUCCUGCAUGCCAAGAGGUUGAUGCCAGCCCCUCCAAAGAAGAGGUUCUCAAGACAGUGCUUCAACUAAUUAAAAAACACUGUGCUUUGUGA